CCGGCUCCCAACCUCUGGGUCGCCCAAAACCCAUGGGGACGCCUGAGAGGCAGCAAGCUCAGGCGGGCUCGGACACUCGGAGCCUGUCGCCCGUCACCUGGGGGCCGGGGGACCUGGAGCAGAGGUAGCCCUGGACCCGGGGGAGGCGACAGCUGGAGAGGGUCGCGGCCGCGCAAGCUACAGGGGGCUCCUGUUCUGCCUCCUUGCUGCUUCCAGGAUGCUCCCCAGCCCCGUCACCUCCACCCCCUUCUCGGUCAAAGACAUCCUGAGGUUGGAGCAGCAACAGGGUUGCCAGGCGGCGAUGGUCCCGGGCUACCUCGCCCCCGAGCUGCCGGGGGGCCCGGCUCCUCUGCUCCCCUCUUGCGCCCUGGGCGCAGAGCGAAGCCCCGGCGGUGGGGCCUACCUCCGGGGGGACCCGGGGUCCCAGGGAGAAGACGGCCCCGGGGGCAGCUGCAGGAGGAUCGGGGACGAGUUCGAGGCCUUGGGGAGCCCCUGCCACACGGCCCUGGACGUGGAGGUGGAGAUGGAGCCGGCGGGGGACACGAAGCCGGGCCUGAGGGAGCUGGCCUUCGCGGCCGGGGAGAGGCCGCAGGAGCCCGGCGGCGAGCGGCCCAAGGCGAGGCAGCGGCGGAAGCCCCGGGUGCUGUUCUCGCAGGCCCAGGUCUACGAGCUGGAGCGGCGCUUCAAGCAGCAGAAGUACCUGUCGGCCCCGGAGCGGGAACACCUGGCCAGCGCCCUGCAGCUCACCUCCACCCAGGUCAAGAUCUGGUUCCAGAACCGGCGCUACAAGUGCAAGCGGCAGAGGCAGGACAAGUCCCUGGAGCUGGCGGGACACCCUCCGCCCCCGAGGAGGGUGGCCGUGCCCGUCCUGGUGCGGGACGGCAAGCCCUGCCUGGGGGGGUCCCAGCCCUAUUCCCCCCCCUACAACGUGGCCGUGGGUCCCUACUCCUAUUACAGCGGCUACGGCAGCGCUCCUUACGGGCCGGGCUACGGCUGCGCCUAUGCCGGAGGGCCCUCGGGGCCGGCCCCUCCGGCCCACCUGGUCAACGUGAGCUUCGGAGUGGCCGGGGCCGCCCAGACCCAGCAGGGACAUCUGCAAGCCACCCUGCAGGGCGUUCGGGCCUGGUGAGGCGUGGGCCCCCCUUGGCCGGCUCCACCACGAGGAAAUCGGGACCCGGCUGGACGCGCCCCCGUCCACCUCGUCCCCCCCCCCCCCGCCGCAGGGGGAUGGCCAGCUGGAGAGCCUCGGGGGAGACGGAGUCCACCCCCACAGGACCCGCUCCCCCAUCCCCACCACCGGUCCCUCCGCUAGCUGGGCUUCGGCCCAGAGGGGCACCGCCUCGGCACUGCCAAAGCGAUUCGGUGCCUCCCUCCCCGCCGAGGAAAGGACCGGCCCGACCCUGCGGGCUCGUCCUCCGGGAAGGGGUCCGAUGUCACCCAGGCGACCAGGGGCGCGGAGAGAACCCAGGACUCGCACAGGACGGAUGCAGGCCCGGGGUGACCGCUCUUUUCCUUUCCAUCUCUGGGUGGGCCCCAGAGAAGCCUCUGGCAGAGGGAAAGAGCCCCUUUAGGGCCAGAGAAACCGGGGUCCCCUCCCGGGAACCAGAACUCCUGGCCCAGCCUCCAACCGGGAGGGUCGUGAGGACCGGGGAUAAGGAGAAAUCCCAAGGGACGGGAUGGAGAUGAGAGCGAAAGGCACAGGGAAGCCAGCGGUUUCGCACUUGGCGCCAGAGAUGCUUAUUCCGGUCGGUUCCGGCUUCAACUGGGGAAGACCCAAAUCGUCCUUUCCACCGUUGCUUUCUGGAGAAGGCACUGAGUUGGAGAAAUAGACCAUAACCUCUAGAGUUUCCUCACUUCAACUGUUACGUCCCCCACUGAAAACAGCCCCCUCUAUUUUCAUCCUCCUGUUCCCGGCUCCCUCGUUUGUUUCUUGUAUAGUUGUCUCACAAGUAAAAAUGCAGAAUAGAUGUUGA